GUAAGCAAUAGCCAGCGAGCAGACUUGGCUCACUUGCUAAGUCAGAUUCAUAACUCACUUCACAGCAUAGUGAUAGCAGCAGUUGAAAGACAAGAUGGGGAACAGCAAAACAACCCAAUACCAGAAGAAAGAGAAGCAGGAGAAAGAGAAAUGUUAUGACCCCGGAGACAAGACGCUCAAGUUUGUGAACAGAGAUGACGACAUUAUUGGCGGGGUUAUAUAUGAGUCUCUGAGGGCAGAGAUGUCCUGUGGUCACGCUGUCACCCCAGAGUCAUUGACCGGAUGGUGCCUUAGCCUACUCGACAAGAAAAAGUGCACAUUCAUUUGCCCUGCAUCACGUGAAGAUGGUGAAAUAUGUGGUGCGGAGUGGUCUUACACAGAAGUGCGUAAACUGGCUCUUCUGACUCCUGAGGAGAUGAAGAAAUUUGAGGAGACAAUGGCUGACUUGGUUUCAGCCCAGAACUCUUACAAAUCGUGUCCAGGCUGCAACUCAUAUGUUGCAAGGACUGACCUCUCCAACCUGAGAGUCCACUGCACAGUGUGCUCAGCAGAAAAAGGCCAGCUGUACGAGUUCUGCUGGCUGUGCCUGCAGCAGUGGAAAGGUUCACAACAGAGUUCUGACCACUGUGACAACGAUGACUGCAUGACUGAUCUGGAACUGCUGAAGACCUGCCCUACUGUCACAUUUGCUGAUGUCCAGGGGGUCACCGGCUGCCCAUCCACACGUGCCUGUCCCACUUGUGGUGCAUUGUUAGAACACGAUAAAACUGGCUGUAAAAAUAUAGAAUGCAAGAAUUGCAAUAAAGAGUUCUGUUUUGUUUGCCUUAAGCUCACAACUGAGUGCUUGAAGACCAGCAAAUACUUCAUAGGCUGCUCUGCUGGUGUGGCCCCCAGGCAGACUUCUAUACCCUCAUGGAGUGAUAAAUAAAGAUUUUAUCCAGGUGUACCACUUUCCUUCCUACGGGCACUUGAAUUACUUACACUGAUGCAGAACUGGCAUAAUAGCACAGAAAUUGGCAUGUAUUAACACACAAAUAUUAUUGAAAAUGUCUUGGUACCUUACUCAAAUUGUGUAUAAAGUCAAUAUGUGCGUAGUAAUACAUGUGUAAGAAUGUGUAAUAAUGUAUUAGAUUCUAUAAUGUUUCAUGAUUAACAAUACAUAUACUACUGAUUAUUAUCUGAUGUAUUUUUGUUGUUUUAUCUGUGCCUGAAACAAAAACGCAAAUAACGCAAAUAACGCAAAUAACGCAAAUAACGCAAAAAACGCAAAAAACGCAAAUAACGCAAAAAACGCAAAAAACGCAAAUAUAAAUAAUAAUAAUUUCAACAAUGUAAUCAAUGGUCAACAGAAAUGUUUGCCCCCUUAAAAUAACCUGGAUGUUUUAGAAAACGUUUUAUGAAUGCGGUUGUUGUAUGAGACCUACAUUUCUGAUAAUAUUUCUAUAAUUAUGUUAUUGUCAACCCUAACCCUAGGUAUUGUUCAAGGGGUCCUCUUCUAAAUAUGCUACCAGUAUUGUGAUAUUGUUUCCUUUAUCAAUGAUUUCCCACUGGGUACAAGAACAAUGAAUCAUCAAACAAAUACACAUAUUUAAUAAUAGUUAUAUAAUAAUGAUAAUAAUGAUAGUAUUAACAGAAAUGAUAGUAAUAAUAACACAUUUAAUUUGUAUAGCGCUUUGCAUGACUCUCAACACUUUUACAUAAACCAGAUCACAUGAUCCUUGGUGUCCACAUCACCAACAAACUAACAUGGUCCAAGCACACCAAGACAAUUGUGAAGAGGGCACGACAAAACCUAUUCCCCCUCAAAACGUUCUACAGCCGCACCACUGGUUGCAUCACUGCCUGGUAUGGCAACUGCUCAGCCUCCGACCACAAGGCAAUACAGAGGGUAGUGCGAACGGCCCAGUACAUCACUGGGGCCAAGCUUCCUGCCAUCCAGGACCUCUAUACCAGGCGGCGUCAGAGGAAGGCCCUGAAAUUGCCAAAGACUCUAGCCACCCUAGUCAUAAACUGUUCUCUCUGCUACCGCACGGCAAGUGGUACCAGAGCGCCAAGUCUAGGUCCAAGAGUCUUCUAAACAGCUUCUACCCCCAAGCCAUAAGACUCCUGAACAUCUAGUCAAAUGGCUACCCAGACUAUUUUCAGUGCCCCCCCCACCCCCUCUUUACACCACUGCUACUAUCUGUUGUCAUCUAUGCAUAGUCACUUUAAUAACUCUACCUACAUGUACAUACUACCUAAACUAACUGGUGCCCCCGCAUAUUGACUCUGUAUCGGUACCCCCCUGUAUAUAGUCUCGCUAUUGUUAUUUUACUGCUGCUAUUGAAUUACUUGUUAUUUUCAUCUCUUAUUCUUAUCCAUACUUUUCUGAAACAGCAUUGUUGGUUCGGGGCUCGUAAGUAAGCAUUUCACUGUAAUGUCUACACCUGUUGUAUUCGGCGCAUGUGACUAAUAAAAUUUGAAUUGAUUUGA